AUGAAGAACAAAAAUAAGCAAACAAAAUUUCCUGUUGCUAGAAUAAAGAAAAUUAUGCAGAAAGACGAUGAUGUUGGCAAGGUAGCUCAAGCCACACCGAUAGUUAUAUGUGAGUUUGAACAAGAUGUGAGGCUUUUCCAUAUCAUAAAUGUAAUCACUAUGUUCGCAGCGAAGGCGCUGGAAAUGUUCCUUGCUCUGAUCGUUGAGAAAGCAGGCGAAGUGACGUUGGAAAGAGGAUCCAAGAAGGUGGAGGCGUAUCACUUAAAACAUGCCGUCGAAACAAUAGACACUUUUGAUUUCCUCCGAGAAAUCGUCGAAGGCGUUCCGGAUCCUUCUGCUGGUGGCACAAUUGAUCUGGAUGCACUCAAUGCGGAAAACGCGUCAAAGAAGAAACGUUCAAAAGGGAAGAAGGCUGCCUCAGCAAACGGUGAAGAUGGAGCUCCUGCACCGAAGAAGAGAAAGAAGAAGGUCAAGUCGGAGGAGGACACGGAGAAGAAAGCUAAUGGGAGAGGCGAGGAUGCGGUUAUGGCAGAAGCUGGCGAGGCCGAACCUAAUGAAGAAGAGGAGAACGAAGAGAGAGCACAGAUGACUGAUGAAGACGAGGACGAAGACGAUCAGUGGAAGAAUGAUAAACCUUACCUACCCUCUCGGUAG